GGUGGGUCCGCCCGGCUUGUUUACCGACCAUCGAUCGGCCGCAGCUGGACGCGUCGCCGGCCCUGCCACCUCUCUUCCGCCAGAUUUUCUCCCAAGUUCUUUUCCUGCCAGAUACGAGUCGCUUCCUGCCUGACAUAACUCACUUCAAGAAGUGCACAAUGUCAGAACGUGGCAUUAAGUGGGCUUGUGAAUAUUGUACUUACGAAAACUGGCCAUCUGCAAUCAAGUGUACUAUGUGUCGUGCUCAGAGACCUAGUGGAACAAUUAUUACCGAAGAUCCAUUUAAAAGUGGUUCAAGUGAUGUUGGUAGAGAUUGGGAUCCUUCUAGCACCGAAGGAGGAAGUAGUCCUUUGAUAUGUCCAGACUCUAGUGCAAGACCAAGGGUUAAGUCUUCAUAUAGCAUGGAAAAUGCAAACAAGUGGUCAUGCCACAUGUGCACAUAUUUGAACUGGCCAAGAGCAAUCAGAUGUACCCAGUGCUUAUCCCAGCGUAGGACCAGGAGUCCCACAGAGUCUCCUCAGUCCUCAGGAUCUGGCUCAAGACCAGUUGCUUUUUCUGUUGAUCCUUGUGAGGAGUACAAUGAUAGAAAUAAACUGAACACAAGGACCCAGCAUUGGACUUGUUCUAUUUGCACAUAUGAAAACUGGGCCAAGGCUAAAAAAUGUGUUGUUUGUGAUCAUCCCAGACCUAAUAACAUUGAAGCAAUAGAGUUGGCAGAGACUGAAGAGGCUUCUUCAAUAAUAAAUGAGCAAGACAGAGCUCGAUGGAGGGGAAGCUGCAGUAGUGGUAAUAGCCAAAGAAGGUCACCUCCUACUACAAAACGGGACUCUGAAGUGAAAAUGGAUUUUCAGAGGAUUGAAUUGGCUGGUGCUGUUGGCAGCAAGGAGGAACUUGAAGUGGACUUCAAAAAACUAAAGCAAAUUAAAAACAGAAUGAAAAAGACUGAUUGGCUAUUUCUCAAUGCCUGUGUGGGGGUUGUAGAAGGGGAUUUAGCUGCCAUAGAAGCUUAUAAGUCAUCAGGAGGAGAUAUUGCACGGCAGCUCACUGCAGAUGAAGCUGCCUUUGAUGUUGGCUACACUCUUGUUCACUUGGCUAUCCGUUUUCAGAGGCAGGAUAUGCUGGCUAUAUUGCUUACAGAGGUGUCUCAACAAGCAGCAAAGUGCAUUCCAGCAAUGGUGUGUCCUGAACUGACAGAACAAAUCCGGAGAGAAAUAGCUGCCUCUCUUCAUCAGAGAAAGGGGGAUUUUGCUUGCUAUUUUCUAACUGACCUUGUAACAUUUACAUUGCCAGCAGAUAUAGAAGAUUUGCCCCCGACAGUCCAAGAAAAAUUAUUUGAUGAGGUGCUUGAUAGAGACGUUCAAAAAGAGUUAGAAGAAGAAUCUCCGAUUAUAAACUGGUCUUUGGAAUUGGCUACACGUUUGGACAGUCGACUCUAUGCACUUUGGAACCGGACUGCAGGAGACUGCUUACUUGAUUCAGUACUACAAGCUACCUGGGGCAUUUAUGACAAGGACUCAGUGCUCCGGAAAGCUCUGCAUGACAGCCUGCAUGACUGUUCACAUUGGUUUUACACACGCUGGAAAGAUUGGGAAUCAUGGUAUUCUCAGAGCUUUGGUUUACACUUUUCCUUAAGAGAAGAGCAGUGGCAAGAAGACUGGGCAUUUAUACUCUCUCUUGCUAGCCAGCCUGGAGCAAGUUUGGAACAGACACACAUUUUUGUACUUGCGCAUAUUCUUAGACGACCAAUUAUAGUUUAUGGAGUAAAAUAUUAUAAGAGUUUCCGGGGAGAAACUCUAGGAUAUACUCGGUUUCAAGGUGUUUAUUUGCCUUUGUUGUGGGAACAGAGUUUUUGUUGGAAAAGUCCAAUUGCUCUGGGCUAUACAAGGGGCCACUUCUCUGCUUUGGUUGCUAUGGAAAAUGAUGGCUAUGGCAACCGAGGUGCUGGUGCUAACUUGAACACCGAUGAUGAUGUCACUAUCACAUUUUUGCCUCUGGUUGACAGUGAGAGGAAGUUACUCCAUGUGCACUUUCUUUCUGCUCAGGAGCUAGGUAAUGAGGAACAGCAAGAAAAACUGCUCAGGGAGUGGCUGGACUGCUGUGUGACUGAGGGGGGAGUUCUGGUUGCCAUGCAGAAAAGCUCUCGGCGGCGAAAUCACCCCCUGGUUACACAAAUGGUAGAAAAAUGGCUUGACCGCUACCGACAGAUCCGGCCUUGUACAUCCCUAUCUGAUGGAGAGGAAGAUGAAGAUGACGAAGAUGAAUGAAAAAGAAAAAUCAAAGAACAGAAGAUGAUGGCAUCAGAUCUGUGAUAAGCCCAGUUAGUGUGGUGCUCCAAGCAGAGUGUACGGCACGGAAGAACCAAAUCUGGCAGGGUCUGCGCAGAAGUGUUUUUCUGACCCACACACCCAAUGGAGAUAAUGUAUCAGCUGAGUGAGAACACAGAACUUUGGUUGGACUACAAUUUGUAAAAAACAACAAAAAAAAAAACACAAAAAACUAAUUUUAUUAAGAGAACUUUUUCCCUUUCAAAUUGUAAAUCUGUCUAUAAAUGUAACGCAUGUGGUUGUGUAAGAAAAUGUGUAAUAGGAAAAGUUGUACCAGCAUCUUCAUAUUAUAGAGAAAUUUUUUUCCAGCAUGGGCACUUAAAAAAAGCACAUGGCAGACGACUCUUUGUUCCUUUGAGAUAUUCAUUUCAUUUUUCAGUAGAAUGUGGUAUUUCUACUUUCACCUCAAAAGAUCCAUUUUACAGUAAAUCUCAGAGAUCUGGAACCUUUGUACAAAUUAUCCACAGCAAAACAUAAAAAAUAAACAAGCUUUUAUUUUAUUAAUAAUUUAGUUCCUAUUGUGCCCAAUAAAGUAAAAUCAAAUCUUUUAGGAACAAACUACAAGAAAAUCUGAAAUUUUUGUUACUGCUAUUGAGUGAAUUCCAUAUAGACAUUAUUUCCUUUUUUUGAAGGUUUUGGUUUCUAUUACUAUUUCAUUUUUCUUAAGUUUCUUGAUAUGCACCCACCCCCUCCCCUUUUUAGUUUUUAGGUAUUUAUUUGUGUGGAAGAGUGUCCUAAAAUGAGGGUUCUUACUCCAGACUCUGGGCAGUGGUCCGUUUGUGAACAGUUGUUCCCUGGAUGGAAAAGGAGCAGGCCCACUUUCCACUAAAUGGAGUGUGUGAAAUUUGCUCACUUGGACUCCACUGACAAUGUUCUACUCCCAGAUUGCUAUGCAGAGGGUCUUUGGAUUAUUCCUAUCUUUUAUCAUCACCUCUGCUCUAAGCAAAUCCUGUUAGCAGGCAUGCCUUUGCUUAGGCUGAUUGGGAAUUACCAGUUCAGUUCAGAAUAAAGAUUUUUAAAAAUGCAAUAAGGUGGUAAAUGUGCAUUGACGAAUUUCUCAGUGUGUAGUCUGAGAAUUUUUGCAUGAUAAGUUAAUUGUGGCCAUUCUUAAAACUAUAAUCUUAGGUAGAAAACCUUUUUAUAAAAAGUACUGUUUGACCACUUCAGGUAUACAUUCAAUACUGGGUAAAAUUUUCAGACCUAUCUCAGGAACACAAAAAGACUUCGUGUCCUGAUAAGCACUUUGUAGACUAUGAUGUGGCAAGGAACAUUUCCCCCUUUCCCUUUGAUGAAAAGGCUGUGAAAACCUUUAAAUAUUUGCUUGUUUUCUGUUUAGAUGAUAUUGAAAUGUGCACCUCAAACUUGAUGGCAGAAUACUAAAAAUAGAAAAAAUACCCAUGAGCUGUCUAGUUCUUUCUCCCCUCUCUGAACACUCAGUAAAAGAUGUUCCCAGGAUGAAAGGAUUGAUUUUGCUGCAUCCUAAACUUUGUAGGAAAAAAUUAUUUUUGCAGUAUGAUUCCAUAAAAUGAAUUUUGGUAAUUAUAAUGUAAAUGUUACCGUU